CGGCCUCGAGAGCGCGCCUUCGACGUCACGUAGAGAAAAGUAGCGCUUGUUAUUAUUUGGGUUUGCCUAUCGGACUCCUUAAGGUCGCCUUCUUUUCAAAUGAUCAGAUGCAUGAAACAGUUUGACGCCGAGUGCCAAGCAGACGCUCGCAUAUCGCGAUGGCAAACCUGAAGACUUUCAACGUUGUUGCACUGGGGGUUGGAUUUAUGCUUAUUUUUACGGCGUUUACAACUUGCGGAAACAUUGAACAAACGGUUAUAAAAAGUUUAACCAACUCUAGUUUUGAAGGCAGUGGUUACAACAGUCUUGCUAUUAUUUAUGGAGUAUUUUCUGCCUCCAACUUAAUUGCCCCUUCAGUUGUUGCAGUUUUUGGACCUCAGCUCUCUAUGCUGUUUAGUGGACUUGUUUACAGUGGCUAUAUUGCUGUGUUCAUUAUUCCAAUGACAUGGUCAUUUUAUUUGACGUCAGUUCUGAUUGGAGUAGCUGCAGCUGUGCUUUGGACAGCACAAGGUAAUUUCCUUGUGCUAAAUUCAGAUGCCACUACUAUCAAUAUGAACACUGGAAUCUUCUGGGCACUUUUGCAAUCCAGUAUGCUCUUUGGGAAUCUGUACAUUUAUUUUCACUGGAAUGGAAAAAGUGUUAUUACAGAUUCAGACAGACGGAUGCUUUUUUUGGUUUUAACAAUUAUUUCUAUCUUGGGAACAAUGGUUUUCAUUGUUCUGAGAAAUAAUUCUUCACAAGAAGAAGAAGAACCUAAGAGUGAAGAAGAAGGCUUAUUACUUCCAGCACACAUACAAUGCAAGCAAAGGGCUCUAUCAGCUGUUCGGGAUGUCGUCACAGAAUUCAGGACACUCACAAGGCUUCUAAACACAAGAACAAUAGUUCUUCUUAGUUUCAGCAUGGCCUACACUGGUCUAGAGCUUACUUUUUACAGUGGAGUUUAUGGUACUUGCAUUGGUGCUACUGGACAAUUUGGAAGUGCAGCAAAAGGAUUAAUUGGCCUCUCUGGAAUUCUAAUAGGGAUUGGAGAAAUUUUAGGUGGCGGCCUUUUUGGGCUUCUUUGUAAAAACAACCAGUUCAGACGUACAUCUGUAGUAUUUCUGGGCAUGGUAGUGCAUUUUGUUGCUUUCUAUCUAAUUUUUCUUAAUAUCCCAAAUGAUGCACCAUCUGUUAAUGAAUCAGAAACACAGAGUAUACCUUACCUAACGCCAAGUAUCCCUUUAGCCAUGGUGAGCAGCUUUUUGCUGGGAUUAGGAGACAGCUGUUUCAACACCCAGAUUUAUAGUAUCUUAGGAUAUUUAUAUGUGGAACAAAGCGCUCCUGCGUUUGCUGUUUUUAAACUCAUCCAGUCCAUAUCUUCUGCAAUUGCAUUCUUAUACAGCAAUUACAUCCUUUUAUCAUGGCAAUUGUUGAUAUUAGUAAUCUUUGGAUUUAUUGGGACAAUCUGCUUCUUUUUGGUGGAGAGGAUUGAAGAUCUCACCUUGAAUUUAAGGGAUGAGUGAAUGUGCCUGAGGCCAAUGUUAUCUUUGUAAUAAGCUCUAUAGCUAUGCAACAGCAAAGUCAAUCAUAAUGGGUCACCUUUAGUUGCAGAGAAGAGACAAUUUACAGAAGAUUUAAAAUGACUGCCCUAAUUGCACUAAACUGAUUUAUCAUUCUGAAAGCACAAAAUACUUAUGUCAUUAAGAAGCAAUUGUUUCAGCAAGUUUACAUUGGCUUUGCGUUAUUCUUUAAAAUAUAUAUAAAUGGGUAAUUGCCAUUAAAAUGUCUGAAUCUCAGCCAUAUCAGCUAAAUGAAGAAGUGUGCAUUUUACUCUCCAUUAUCUGAAUUGUUUUAUGGAAGGAAAAGUAACGUUUCAUGCUGUAAUAAACACCUGAAUUAAAUGUAAUGUUUUACAUGCUUGCACCAACCAUUUUAAUUGCAGAAACCAGCUUUAUACAGUGCAAUAAGCUUAAACUUGUUCACUACAAUAAGAAUUUCAACUAGUUUCUGUGAUUGGCUAUUUCUACUUAAAGAAAAGCUGACAUUAUCACAGGUUAAGACCAGUGAAUGCAUUUCUUGAAGAGGAGUAUGUUAUAUUGUAUAUUUAAUUUUUAUAUAUACAGUGUAUUUUUAUAAAGUGGUAUUUUUAAUGUUUAGAAAAUGAAUGUGGUUAUUAUUAUUGUUUAUAUUUGUAUAUUCAAUUCAGACUCCAUUCCAGAGUUUAACAACCUUAAUAUAUGAUUUAAAACUUAUUUUGUUCCUUGAGUAGCCUUAAGGGAGCUUAGUGUAUUUUUUAUGAUUCCAGGUAUUCACAGGCCCCCUGCAGGCUUGAAAAAAUGUUAUCAAGUAACACAAGCUGCUUAGUUUUUGACAGUAUGAAUUAUUUUGAUUAAUAUAAUUAAAUAUUUUAAAGGAAGACAAUCCAUAAUGAUUAUAAUUCGUUUCGGAUUCUGAUGAUGCAAAGCAUGUUGCUCACAAUAAUGCAAGAUUGCUUUGCGGUAUGUCAAUAAUUUAUUAUGAUUUAGUUACUGUAUAUGUUUGGUCACUUCUAACAUUUUACUUCUGUUUCAUCAAUGUAUGUUUUGUCACACAGUAGUAUUUGUGUUGUAUUUUUGACUGUAUUAUCUGUAGUGAUAAAUAAAUUAAUGACUGAUUGGC